GGAUUUCUGACUUUUUAAGCUCUCUAAUCCUACUUUUCCGUCUUGAUUAAUGUUCAAAUACACAAAAUUGAGAAAAUAAUUUGUUUUCAUUAUUCAGAGUUCUUUUUCGGCAUUUGAAUGGUGAAAAAUCAUAGCUUGAUUUUACUGAAUUUAUACUCCACCGUCAGUGACUGACAGGCGAGUCUCCUCUUUCUCUUCAGAGCAAAGAUUCCUUCAUUCUCUCGUAUUUGCUUGCACUUCAAGCUGCUUCCCACCUAAGAUCCAUUCAUUAUUAGGAAAUGCAUCACGGAGGACUGGCUGAUUUUUUCACUCAUUCUCGUGAAUUCAAGAAAAGUUUCCUUCUGAUCUAUUUCUGAGAUUGCUGAAUUGAAGUGUAUUAGCCAAAGGGAUUCUGAUGUUUUAACUUGAAAGAAGACGUUGUUAUAGGCUUAGGCAUUGAUUAGAUUACUUUAAUCAUCUAAUGUUUAUGAAAUUGCUUGAUUGAAGCAGUUAUUGAUGUGCGUACGGUAAGGUUUCUAAUAUUUUUUCCAUUAGUUGAUUGUAAUGGUUUAUUAUGGAUUGCAUGUUGUGUGAAGAUUCUAGUGAUGGCAUUGUCAUGAUGCACGUCUGUACAGUUUGGGUAGCAGCUGAUGCUUAGGUCUGUGGUGGCAUAACGUCGAGGAUCACAAAGUGGAAACUUGAGAAGAUUAAAGUUAAAGCAGUUUUUCGGCUCCAAUUUCAUGCCGCAGAUGUUCCACAAAGUGGAUGGGAUAAGUUAUUUAUAUCAUUUAUCUCUGCUGAUUCUGGAAAGGCAACAGCAAAGACGACGAAAGCAAGCAUAAGAAAUGGAACAUGUAAAUGGGCAGAUCCUAUUUAUGAAACUACAAGGCUUCUUCAGAACUCCAAAAGUAAACAAUAUGUUGAGAAGCCAUGCAAACUUGUUGUGGCCAUGGGUACGUAACGGGCUAGCAUUCUUGUUGAGGCUAUUAUCAAUCUUGCUGAUUAUGCUGAUGCAUUGAGGCCUUGUGCCAUUGCACUUCCACUUCAAGGAUGCAACUUUGGAACUAUAUUACAUGGAAUUUGAGCAACAGAGAGAACUCAGAGAAAGAGGGUUGGAAGCAGGAGUUGAUGGCCAGCAUGGAGAUAGUGGUACUGGCAAAAUAUCACGUUCUGAAGAAAACUCCAUGAUCAGAUGGAUAAGGAAAAGGGAAUAAUUAGAUUGAGAUCAGAUGAUAAAGAGCUCUCCUCAGUUGAGGAGGAAGCUAUGAGCCUGAAUGAAGAAUAUGCAGACUCGGGUGUUGGAUUUGAUGGUUCAUCCAAUAACUCAGAAAGUUAUAUACUGAAAAGCAUAAGACUUCUAGCGUGCAUGAAAUUGAUAACCUCAAAAGCAUGGUAUCUGAUGAUUUGAAUGGGGUUGCCUGUUGUCAAAGUGUACAUACAGAAAAAGGAGAUCCAUCUGAUCAUCAAACUAUGACCCAAGGUAGUAGUGAUUCGGCUCGCAGGUGGAGUUUGGACUAUUCCAUGGAUAACGAGUUGGCAAUGGCCCGUGAGGAGAAUAAUGGACUUAGCGAAGGCUUGGAAUUGGCUGAAUCGUCUAUUUCGGAACUUAAGAUGGAGGUCAGCUCCUUGCAAAGCCUAGCUGAUGAAUUGGGUACUGAAACCUAAAAGUUCUCCAACCUCAUUGUCGCCGAGAAAUCUUCAGUUGAAGAAUUGACAAAAGAAGUCUCUGUCAUGAAAUCGGAAUGCUUGCGAUUCAAGGAAGAUAUAGAGAGGUAUAAAGAUUUGAAAUUUAGCCCGCAAAUUACCAUUAAGCAAACCAGCGCCAAUCAGGAUAAUCACUUACUCCAGAACGUUCAGGUCGAGUGGUCAAAGAAGAUAUCAGUAGUGGAGGACAUGGUAAGAGAACUUCAAAGCAUAUGUUUGCUUCCAUGAAAGUGAUAGUAGAUUUAUUUAUUCCGAGUUGGAAGCAGUGCUCACUAUUCUUCGGGACAUUAAAUGCAGAAAUGGUGAAGCAGUUCAAAAUGGUGAACAGUAUUUAUCUACCAAUAGGGUUUGUUUGGACUCAUUUCAGCCGGAAAGUAUUCUUCAUCAUUUCAGCGUACCGCCUCCAGUGUCUCAAGUAUCCAACUCUAUAUGUGUUAUUGACCCUAUGAAAGGCCAAAUUUUAGAUCUCGUAAGGGAGUUGGAUGACGCUAAAGUCGAAAGGGAAGGUCUUCUGAGAAAAUUGAAUCAGAUGGAGUGCUAUUACGAAGCUCUUAUUCAGGAGCUGGAGGAAAAUCAGAAGCGAAUGAUAGGAGAGUUGCAGAGUCUCUGGAAUGAUCAUUCUACUUGCCUGUACUAUCUGCCAACAGAACUGAAAUCAAAUCAACGCAUCAAGAUAUGAACAGUCAGGUGUUACGAUUUGCAGACAAGAGAUGCAGUUUGGAUGCCCUUAAUAAGGAGCUUGAAAAACAGGCUGCUGCUUUGGAAGCAGCUCUCAGAAGAGCCCGAUUAAAUUACUCAAUUGCAGUGAAUAAAUUACAGAAGGACCUUGAGCUGCUUUCUUCUCAGGUUGUGUCCAUGUUUGAGACUAAUGAGAAUAUCAUUAAGCAGGCUCUCCCAGAAUCUCGCCCACCAUGUUUGCAAGGAGACCCGAUAAUAGUGCAUAGUCAGGAGAAUUGUGAUGAUACUACACUGUUGCAGUUUCAGAAUCAAAAUUUGGGUUCAAAGAAACAACCAGUAGGUGGAGAUACCCUUUUAGAGGACUUGAAGAGACCCCUCUACUUGCAGGAAGGGCUUUAUCAAAAGGUUGAAGAAGAGCUCGGUGAAAUGCAUUCUGUGAACUUGAACUUGGAAAUAUAUUCAAAAACUUUGCAAGAAACGCUGCUUGAAGCAAAUGCAGAAUCUAACAUGAUAAAUUGAAAAUUUUAUGAACUCGCAGAGGAGUCAAAGCUUUCAAAUGCUGUCAAAGAUCAGUUGAUGGGAAUGUUGCAGAAGGCCAUUGAUGAUAUUCAAACUCUUACAGAGUACAAAUCUAGUUGCAUUGCCCUGUGUAGUGACAUGGCUCUGCGAAAUCAAAUUUUAGAAGAUAAAGUAGUAAGUAUUACCGAGGAAAAUUAUCUUCUUGCACUGAAGCUGACAGACUGUGAAGAGCUUGUAACUGAAUACAAAAGUUACCAAAGAAAAUUUGAGAAAUGUUUGGCAGAGAAUGCAGAGCUAUCACUUCUGUUUGAACAGGAGGCAUCAGAAAAUGUGAAUCUUCAAAAUGAAAUAUCUCUUUUAAAGGAAAAUUUUGAGGAUGCUUAAAGUUGAAUCAGAUGAAUUGGCUUCUAUAAAGGAAAAUCUUCAGGAAAAUAUCAGCUACAUCAAAGAGAAGUGGGCUAUCCUGUUGUCAUCAUACAAUAAACAAUUUUGUGGAUUGGCUUUUUUCAGCAACUCUCAAUGUCUCGAUUUGGAGUUCACAGACUUCAAAGAUUCCACUUGGAGUUAGAAGAAAUCCGGCGUAAUGCAUGUGGCUAUUUACAUCAAUUGCUGGAGGAGAAGAAAAAUCUAAAAAGUGAAAAAGUCACCGCUGAGAUGUCCUUGAGCAUUGUCAGGUCAGAAAUUCUGGCAAUGAAGCAGAAAUUCAAAAGUGAGAUGCAGGAUAUGGAGGCUAAACUAGUUAUAUCAAAUGCCCUUGUGGAUAACCUUCAAGUUCAAUUUGAAUCUAUUGCUGACAAAUUCCAUCUUAUUUCUGAAAUUGAAGAAAGGUCUUCAAGGCAGAACAGAGAACUUUUGGACCAUCUAGCUCUGUUACAAGAUCAGAUGCAGGAACUGACGUCUAAAAUAGUCACAUUGCUCGAGAAAUGUCAGGCUUGGAGACUCUGGCUGAGGAACUCAGGAGUAAUAAAUCGACCAUUGCGGAGCUAAUACAAGAUAAGCAAGACCUUAUGGUGUCCUUGCAGGAUAUAACUAGUGAAUCUAUCAAGCUUGCAUCUGAGAUUAGUUGUCUGAAAGAAAAUUUGAUAAUUUUGUGCAAAGAGAUACAAAUCGAAAAGUGUUUCAAAGAUGAACGAGGGAAAAAUCCGAGAUCUUACGUCUCAGUUGAACAAGAAGCAUGACAAAGUGGUCAAUUUUGAAGAGCUAAAAACUGAACUCACGCACUUCAGGCAAGUGGCAUCAGAUCUUGAAUUGGAAAAAUCAAGACAUUGUAAACUUUUGGGGCAGCAAAAUGGUCUCAUGGAAAAGCUUAAAAAAUGUUUGUCUCGUACAACUGAUCUUGAAAGUCAUUUAUUUGAAAUGCAAGAUUGCUCAAUUGCUGCAGAUGUUAAACUUGCUUAUUUUACAAAACAAUAUGAAACCCUACUUGAGGAACAUGUGCAAAAAUUUGAAGGUGACAUGCAGGAUAUGGCUGCUAAACUAGUAGAGUUCAAUGCCUUUGUGGACAACCUUCAUGUUCAAGUCGAAUCUGUUGAUAAAUUCCACCUCACUUCUGAAAUUGAAGAAAAGUCUGCUCAGCAGAACAGAGAACUUUUGGCUGAUCUUGCUCUUUUACAAAAUCAGAUGUCAGAAUUGACAUCUAAAAAUGGUCACAUAGCCCAAGACAUGUUAGGCUUGGACGCUCUGGCUGAGGAACUCGGGAGGAAUAAUUCAACCAUUACAGAGAUGAUAAAAGAUAAGAAAGACCUCAUGGUGUCCUUAGAGAAUAAAACUGGGGAAUCUAUAAAGCUUGCUUCUUAGAUUAGUUGUCUAAACGAAAAUUUGAGCAAUUUGCAUGAAGAGCUAUGGGUUGAAAAUGGUUUCAAAGAUGAACUAGAUAGGAAAAUCGUAGAUCUUACCGCUCAGUUAAACAAGGAGCAUGACAGAGUGGUCAAUCUUGAACAGCAAAAAACUGAACUUUCUCAAUUCAGGCAAGUAGCAUCAGAUCUUGAAUUGGAGAAAUCAAGACUUUCUCACCAUUUGGUUCAGCAAAAUGAGUUUAUGGAAAGGCUUCGGAAAGGUACUUCUCGUACAAAUGAUCUUGAAAGUCAGUUAUUUGAAAUGCGAGAGUACUCAACUGCUGCAGAUGUUAAACUUGCUUAUAUCACAAAUCAAUAUGUAUCCCUACUUCAGGAACUUCUGCAGCAACUUAAGUCUUCAGAUGGGUGCCUUUUGGAGCUUCUGAAAAAGUAUCAUGAUAUGGAGGCUAUGUUGAAUCAGUACCUUGCAAGUGAAGCUCAUAUGACUGAAGAAAAUGCUAAUUUGUUGACCAGCCUUAAAACCCUAAGAACAGAAUUUGAAGCCUCUGUAGCUCAAAACAAGCUUCUUGCAGAUUCUAACAAUGAUAUCUAGUAUCAACUUGAAGAGUACAAAAGUAAGUUGACUAUGAUGGAAACCAGUUUGUCAAAGGAUAAUUUACAGGCUGUUAUGGUAGAGCAGCUAAAAGGCACUUUGGCCGAGGCUGAAGAGGAUAUCAGUCACUUGACAUUCUUGAAAGAGGAAUUUGAUAUUUUGUCGAUAGUAAUCAAAGGCAAAGUGGAUGAACAGUAUGCUUAUAUGCCUUCGGUCCAAGAUAAUAGAGACGAACUCUUGAUGCUUCGGUCCCGAUGUAAUGAGCUCUCCCACAAGCUUUCUUUACAGGUUAUGAAGACUGAAGAAUUUAAGAAUUUGUCCAUUAAUUUGAAGGAACUCAAAGACAAAGCUGAAGCUGAAUGUUCAUCCCAUGCUCGCGAAAAAAAGAGAACCUGAAGGACCGCCAGUUGUCAUGCAAGAUACCUUGAGAGUUGCAUUCAUCAAAGAGCAGUAUGAGACUAAAAUCCAUGAACUGAAUCAACAGCUUUCUAUAUCAAAAAGCAUGGUGAAGAAAUGCUUUUGAAAUUGCAAGAUUCCAUUGAUGAAAUUGAUAAUGGGGAAGAAGUCGGAAGCUGUGAACUUAAAGAGGAACAAUGAGCUAUCACUCAAACUCUGGGAAAUGGAAAAAAGAAUUGCAGUCUGUACUUGCAGAAAAGCAUGAAGUCAAUACGUAUGAUAUCAUAAAUGCAGAAUUGGAAUGUGCAGCACUGAGCCUUGAAUGUUGCAAGGAAGAAAAAGAAAAGCGUGAAGCUUCUUUCAGAGAAGGGGAGAGGGAAAAAUCUCAACUUUUGGUUGAACUUGCCUCAAUAAAAGAACAAGUGGAGAAAUUCAGAUCUUCCAGCAGUUUUCAAAAGGAGGAAAGUGAUGAGGGGGCUGAACCGGUCAAUGAGUUAUCUAGAAACUCUUUACCAAAUUUGUUGUGCUCAAUGUGCUCAAAAGAAGUGCUAACUACUAAGGAUGCUGCAUCCAAAGGCAUGCAUGGGAUUCCUGAGGUACUUGUUGGAUGUGAAUUCAUGCAGAGCGAUGGAAAGAGUUUAGAUGUCAAUAGCGAUCAUUUGGCAACCCAAAGACUGAAGUCUAGCAUGUGGCAGUUGCAUGAAGAGCUGGAAAAGAUGAAAACCAAAAAUACUCACUUUCUCAAAGAUCGUGAUUUUGACCCUGAUUUUCAAGUUCCACAAGAAGAACUUGAGCAAUUACAAAGGGUAAAUAAUGAGCUCAGAAGCAUGUUUCUUUUGUUCAAUGAAAUCUCAGUUAGUGGAAAUGCAUUAGAAAGAGUACUUGCACUGGAAAUCGAGUUUGUUGAAUCAUUGAAGGCAAAAAACAACUCAAAUAUCCAUUUCCAGAGUUCUUUUUUGAAGCAACAUAACGACGAGAAAGCAGUAUUCAAAAGCUUCCGAGGCAUCAAUGCACUGAUCAAGCAAAUGUUAGAAAUGAAAGGAAGGCAUGCAGCUGUGGAAGCCGAAUUGAGAGAGAUGCAUGAUAGGUACUCUCAACUAAGCCUCCAGUUUGAAGAGGUGGAAGGUGAGAGAGAAAAACUCGCGAUGAUGCUAAAAAAUGUUCGUUUAUGAAGAAAGCUCGUAACCCCAAGUCGAUCCUCGUCUUUAGAUCACCUUUCUUACGAGUGAACUAAGCCCCCGGAUAAAUCUUUAGAAUAUGUUAUAUUUAACUUGUGGUGCUCGGUAGCUCAAUGCAGUUCUCUGUCGUAAAUAAAAAUGAGGUGGCCAUAUAUUUUUACAAGCGUAUAAGGGGCGGCUUAGAUUUUAUGUAAUUUAAAAAGAUCUUUUUUUUCACCUUACAGUCUUUUGAUCCUUUUACCUCAUCAAGUAUUCUCCCUUCUCUUUGUUGUA